CUUACAACUGCAGCUUCCACCCCGCGAACCUUGCUGUCCCACUCCGUCAUCUUAUCUCGCCGAUAAGAGCUUCGAGUCCAUCACGGCCCCCUCCCGUCAUCGCAUCAACACUCCCAUCAAUUCAAUCCAAUCUUCCAGUUCCACCCUCUAAACUACUUGUCAAUCAUCCCUUCAGUCUGUCUCAAGAUCAAUUGACACCUCACACACGCAUAACCCCGGAAGCACACCACACAAUGGCCACCCAAACCGACCCAACACCAACCACCCAGUAUGGCGGCAACAACAUCGCCCGCGGCGCCCUAAUAGUCGUCGAAGGCCUCGACCGCAGCGGCAAAACAACCCAAGUCAAGCUUUUAGAGGAACGCUUCCUCAAAGCCGGGAAGAAAGUCAAGACCAUGCGAUUUCCCGACCGAACCACGCCCAUCGGCCAGAUGAUCGAUUCGUACCUCAAGUCCCAGGCGCAAAUGGAUGAUCAUGUUAUUCACUUGCUGUUCAGUGCGAAUCGGUGGGAGGCUGUAAAAACGAUUACCUCAGAACUAGCGCAGGGCACCACCCUCCUCCUCGACCGCUACUACCACUCCGGCAUCGUCUACUCCGCCGCGAAACAAAACCCCUCCCUCUCUUUAUCCUGGGCGCGCGCCCCCGAAAUCGGUCUCCCGCGUCCCGACCUGGUUCUCUUCCUAGACCUAGACGAAGAACAAGCGCGCUUGCGCGGCGGGUGGGGCCACGAGCUCUACGAAAAAGCGGAGAUGCAACGACGAGUAAGGGAGUUGUUCUGGGGAUUGUCACUGGGGAGGGUAGGGACGGUGACGGUGCCUGUUGGUGGUGUUGGGGCUCUGGGUGGUGCUGGGACGGGUGGAAAAGGGGAUGGGGAGGUAAAUAAGAGGGAAGCGGUCAUGCUCGCCGAAGGGCCAACGGAGAUGGAAGAGGUGGCGGUUGGUGCGCCAACGCCCCUAGCUGGAGCCGCGGGCGGUCAGCAUAUUGACAGGGAGUAUGCGUUUAGGCAGGAGGAGGAGGAUUUGCAUGUUGUUGAUGCGAGCGCGAGCGUGGAGGAGGUGGCGGAGGAGGUGUGGAAGGUGGUGAGUGCGCGGGUGGAGGCGGUGGAGAGGGGGGAGGUUGGGAAGGUUGCUAGGAGGGUGUUGUGA